AUGCCUAUUCUUUUGCAGCUUGCAGUUUGGGUCUUUGCCCUUCUGCUGGCAUCCACAAAUGCUGCCGAGCCCUACAAGCUCAUGCCGCCUCCGCUCGACACUCCUUGGACAGACAAGGUUGGAACGAAUCCCUGGCCGCAGUACCCUCGCCCUCAACUUCGCCGCGAUGGCUGGAAAUCGCUGAACGGAAUCUGGACCUACCAAGCAGCAACCGAUCCUGAUGACACUGCUGUCAAACCGACGCUCCCCUUGAGACAGGAAGUGCUGAUUCCGUCGUGCAUCGAGAGCGGAAUUUCCGGCAUCAUGACGACGGGCGUGACCCACAUGUGGUUUGGAACCAACUUCACCGUGCCCGAAGCAUCCUCUCAAGGUGACCGUGUCAUGCUCAAUUUCGAAGCUGUUGACUACGAGGCCACUGUGUACGUCAACGGAGCAGAGGCCGGUUUUCACCGUGGAGGCUAUUCACGCUUUAGUUUUGAUGUGACCCAGCAUCUCAAGCCUUAUGGGGAUAAUGAGCUGCUCGUCUUCGUCUUUGACCCUACCGAUGAUCAGAGUAUUCCCCAAGGAAAGCAGAGCAAGCGGCCCCAUCACAUUUUCUACACUCCCUGCAGCGGCAUCUGGCAAACCGUCUGGCUUGAGCAUGUUCCCGAAAACUCCAUUACCAAGUUAGAUGUUGCCGCUGGUAUGGACGGGAAGGUUGACGUUACUGUCCACGGCUCCAAGAAUGAGAGCACACCAGUUGAGAUCUCUGUACACGACCUGGACGGCGGUGUACUUCACACCCAACAAGCCAUGUCUAACGAGCCCUUUACGUUUACCGUCCAGUCACCGAAGCUGUGGAGCCCGGACUCGCCCACCCUGUACAACAUCACGGUCAAAAUGGGCUCUGACGAGGUCAGUAGCUACACUGGUUUCCGGACCGUCUCGACCGGCAUGGUGAACGGCACCCUACGGCAGCUGCUGAACGGCGAGUUUGUGUUUUGGUUCGGCCCGCUUGACCAAGGAUACUGGCCCGACGGUCUUCACUUGCCUCCGACGCUGGAAGCAAUGGUCUCGGACCUUGAGCUCAUCAAAGAUCUUGGCAUGAAUCUGGUCCGCAAACAUAUCAAGAUUGAGCCAGACCUCUUCUACGAGGCCUGCGAUCGGCUGGGUCUUAUGGUUAUGCAAGACAUGCCCUCGAUGCGCGUGUACCCAGAGCGCCGGCCCACUGAUGACGAGCAGGUUGAGUGGGAGAGGCAGCUGGACAUAAUGGUUGAAGAACACAAGAGCUAUCCAAGUAUCGUCUCGUGGGUCAUCUACAAUGAGGGCUGGGGCCAAAUCACCGACUACCACCCGGAGUUCGCCAUCACCGAGAGAGUCCGCCGAAUGGAUCCGACCCGGCUGAUCAAUGCCAACUCGGGUUGGAGAGAUCACGGAGCCGGCGACUUCUCAGACAACCAUCACUAUGCUGACCCUCAAUGCGGCGCUCCCUAUUAUUCUCUGCCUAGCUCUCCAUACGACCCGAAUCGCAUCGGUUUUCAGGGCGAGUUUGGCGGGCUCGGGUCCCGACCGGCAGAUGAAAACCUUUGGCCAAUCGAAACGGCUCUCAGAACCAUCAACGAGACGUACGAGAUGCAUGCCACUCCUGACUCGUUCCACUACCGCGCUCGCACACUUCUGCGCCUUCUCCGAGAACAGGUUGAGAUGUAUGGCUGCAGCGGUGCCAUCUAUACCCAGACUUCUGACGUCGAGGCCGAGGUGAACGGGCUGGUCACAUAUGAUCGGCGUGUAGUCCGCAUUAACGCGGCACAGUGGCAGGAGGAUAUCAAGGCUUUGUAUGAUGCCGCCAAGGCCAGAGUGUAA